AUGGUGUUUGACCCAAAACGCGCCAGAAAGGCGUCAUGCCGUGUGUGGCUAGCUCUAGCUGCACUGGGCACUGUCUUGGGGUGCACAAGGGGGGGAUCGCGAUUAGAGGAACCAGGUUCUUCGUCGGAUGCGAGUUUUGCAGACCUGGGUCAACCAGAGGGAGCUGACCUCGCGCUGGUUCAUGGCAUAGAGCCAGGGGACUCCAUUGUCAAGCACCUUUUGACACUGGUAUCGAAGCAAAUCCACCCAGUCGAUCGCCAGGCGGGGGCAUUCAGGACACUGGACAAAGGGCUCUCCGCUACGUUCUGGCCACAGGACGUGACCGUGGAAGUGGUCUCGGUGCGGACGGGAGCGCCACGGCGGCUCCGAAGGGGGCCCGUCUUCGGCAGGGGCGACUUCGGGAUGGUGUUCACGGCUUCCGACGUGGACACCGGAGCAGAGUUCGCCGCAAAAGUUCCUAUUGCUCUCCGCGAGCCUUUCAAGAUGUCACAAGAGGAUGUGAUGGCAGAGGGUCGUUUAACUGAUGCGUUCGCCACGGUCAAAGACCCAAGGGAAGCUCAAGCCGUUCUUCGAUUCUUGGUCCCCACCGACAUGGUGCAGUUUUCCAAACAAGGAGACCUUCGCUGUCGCUAUCCCUGGCUCGCGAACGUUGAUCGGAAAUGUUUUCUUCUUGAUGCCGAAGGCCUAUACAGACCUUCAAGAUGUUAUCAACGCAAUGUGUGA